AUGGGGGGAGGUUGUGGUUGGAACCCUUUGGGGCUUAGUGAGCUGCCCACUGUAAUUAGUUAUACUUUAUGGCAAAGCAGCUCAUGGCUACAACCAUUUUAUCCAAAUCAUGGAAUAAAAGCUUGUGGUGGAGGCACGCUUCCGAUAGCUCUGCUAGUCUUGAAACUUGGGAGACAUAUUAGAUUUCCUCCAAGAUUGUACAUAGGACUGAGGAUAGUACAAGUUUAUGUAUUGUUCGAGUCAUCUAACUCAUAUCAAUCCAUGCUGAACUUUUUUGACAUGUGCCCGCACCUUGAAGAGUUGUACGUCAAAGGGAGAAUCGUAGAGCUCUAUUUGGAAUCACAAAUAUUCCUCUUCCGUUCUGACUACCGCCAUACUAUUGAAGAAGCAUUUAUGAACAAGUAUAUAGACAUAAACCUUCGCUUGCUCAAAAGUCUUAGGGUGAGCAUAGCACACUCUAAUGGGUGGGAAUUCCUACUUUAUCUGCUUGUUCAGAUACCUCACUUAGAGAGGAUUGAGCUUGAAAUGGUGAAGAGGGAAGAAGUUUGGGAAAACAGAAGAUUCGUUUGGAACCCCCGAAUAGGGGUUACGGCAGAGUGCCUGAGGGAGACUAAAGUAUGUCCCUCAGUCCCACUGUGA